AAGAGCGUGCAGCUGGAUUUACAGCAGGGUUACCUGAUCUAGAGACUGUCCAUCUUUUUAUUGGGAUUGUCCCUCGGGCAGGACCAGAACCAGGUAAUCAAAAAACAAAUUUUCUUUUUGCUGGUUCUUCAGUCAUUUGGACUACAAAGCAUUUUACAAAGCAAGUCUACACGUAGAACAAGAUUUGGAGUUAGAGCUGGAUUUUCAGAAUCUAAAACCACUUUCAAAGUAGAGACAAGUUAUUUCUCCAAGAAACCCGCAACCAGAAUAAAAGCCUUAUUCACCGCUGUUGGAAGAUGAAUUGUAUGUAGUAGGGACUCUGUUGAACGCUACUGGAUCAGUAUUCAUCAUGUCUCUGAGUAAGACCCUCGAGCUGGAGCACUUUGACGAACGUGACAAGGUUCGCCGGGGACGCUCCACCCGCGCCAAGAGAGAUGACUCCACAAGCAGCGCUGGCGGUGGGGGGUCCGGCCCCAGCUCCAGGGGCAGUAGCCUGGUUCCCAGCCCCGCCCACAGCGCCAACUGCAGCUACUACCGGACCCGAACCCUGCAGGCGCUCACCUCCGAGAAACGGGCCAAAAAGGUCCGGUUCUACCGCAACGGGGACCGGUACUUCAAGGGCCUGGUGUACGCCGUCUCCAGUGAUCGGUUCCGUUCCUACGAUGCACUGUUGAUGGAGCUGACGCGCUCGCUGGCGGAUAACCUGCAUCUGCCACAGGGGGUGCGCACAAUCUACACCAUAGAUGGCAGCAAGAAGAUCACCAGUAUGGACGAGCUGGUGGAAGGUGAGUGCUACGUUUGUGCCUCCAAUGAGCCUUACCGGAAGGUCGACUACACCAAGAUCUCCAUCCCAAGCUGGAAACCCGGGGCUAGUACCGGGACAGGCACAGCAAGCUCGACCCGGUCCGCCACCGCAUCCACUGGGGUGUCGGCGAGCACCGCCGUCAGCUCCAAAGAGCGCCCUGAAGGUCGAGAGGCCAGGGAGAGCAAAGACUUCAUCAAGCCCAAGCUGGUGACGGUGAUCCGCAGCGGCGUGAAGCCUCGCAAGGCCGUGAGGAUCCUGCUGAACAAGAAGACGGCUCACUCCUUUGAACAGGUGCUGGCCGACAUCACGGAGGCCAUCAAGCUGGACUCUGGGGCUGUGAAGAGGCUGUACACGCUGGACGGAAAACAGCUGACUUGUCUGCAGGAUUUCUUUGGGGAUGACGAUGUGUUCAUGGCGUGUGGGCCUGAGAAAUUUCGUUACGCCCAGGACGACUUUGUGCUCACACACAGCAGCAAAACACAGGCUUUUGUUAAUGAGUGCAGGGCCAAAGCAUCCCGCACCGCUGUCCCUCAGAAAACUACAACUCCCAAGACUCCCAGCAGCUCCGGGCUGUCCUCCUCUAAGACUCCACCCAAAGGCCCGUCCAGGACGAAGUCUCCUGGCCCAGCCAAUGAGGCGUCAGGAUCACAGGCAGCAGGGAAGUCAUCCAGGUCCAGCCCCUCCCCCACCAGCCCCGGGACUCGACGCAGCCUCAAGAUUUCCCCUCGUCGCGGUUCCUCCACCGAUGUCAACGGAGAGGCCGAGCAGCCGGACGACGCCACUGUGGAAGUCAACGGGAAUCGAUCCGUUUCUUCAUCCAUCAUCAACGAGAAGUACAAAGUGGGUAAAGUGAUCGGAGACGGAAACUUUGCGGUGGUGAAGGAGUGCGUGGAGAGGUCGACCGGACAGGAGUACGCCCUGAAGAUCAUCGACAAAGCUCGCUGCUGUGGGAAGGAGCACCUGAUAGAGAACGAGGUGGCGGUGCUGCGGAGGGUUCGACAUCCGAGCAUCAUCCAGCUAAUCGAGGUGGAUGAAACGCCCUCUCAGCUGUUCCUGGUCAUGGAGCUCGUCAAGGGUGGAGACCUGUUCGACGCCAUCACCUCCUCCACCAAGUACAGCGAGCGUGACGCCAGCGCCAUGGUGUUCAACCUGGCCGGAGCCAUCAAGUACCUGCACCGAAUGAACAUCGUCCACAGAGACAUCAAGCCCGAGAACCUGCUGGUGUGUGAAUAUCCAGACGGCACGAAGUCGCUGAAGCUGGGUGAUUUCGGUUUGGCGACGGUGGUGGAGGGGCCGCUGUACACGGUCUGCGGCACGCCCACGUACGUUGCCCCGGAGAUCAUCGCAGAGACCGGUUAUGGUCUGAAGGUUGAUAUCUGGGCAGCAGGAGUGAUCACCUACAUCCUGCUGUGUGGAUUCCCUCCAUUCAGAAGUGAGAACAACGUCCAGGAGGAGCUGUUUGAUCAGAUCCUCAGAGGGAAGCUGGAGUUUCCGUCUCCGGACUGGGACAGCAUCAGUCUGCCUGCAAAGAUGCUGAUCAGUCAGAUGCUGCAGGUGAACGUCGAUGCGCGGUUCACUGCUGAGGAGGUCCUGUCGCACCCCUGGGUGACGGAUGAGGCUCCCGUAGACUCCAACACUGUGAGCAGCACUGAAGACCAGACCAGUGGAGACGCACUGGAACCAGAGCAGGAAUCACCAGUACUGGAAACCAAACAAAUUCCCUCACCUCUGGUCUAGAACCCGACCAGUUCCCUGUUUUUGUUUUGUUUUUUUCCAAUGAAAGCUAAAUGAGUUCCAUCACUGCCAGUCCAGGACACAUCCUGCUUCAGCCAAUGAUUGGAAAACCAAUGAUUUUCAAGUCCACCACCAUCCAGUCCAGGACAGGAAACCAAACAAGUGUCCUCACCACUGUUCUUGGACAAGUUCCAUUUCAUCCUCUGGAAACUGAACAGUUUAGUGAAAGUUUUCCACCUCUGAACUAAAACACAUCCCUCUUUCUUCUACUGAAAACCACACAAAUCCUGCUGCUUCUUCUAGAGACCAGUUCCCACAGAUCUGGUCCUGAACCUGUUCCUUUUUCCAUUGCAGAAAACGAACAGGCUCGCUCACCUGCUGGAACCUGGCCAGGUCUGUCCCCCUCUGGUCUGGGACACGUGCUGUCUGCUCCUCUGGAGGCAAAUCAAGUUCUCUAGUAUUAUUUCUAAUUUGCUGCCUGAAAACUGUCCUCAGCUCUGGCCCAGAACAGUCCCAUCCUCAAGUCCCGUCUCCGCUGCUGUCCUGGAAAGUAUUUCCGUCCUCUUUGAUGAGCUCCACUGGACGUCUGUCAAAGGUCCAUUUUGCUCUGGUAGAGGAUUCCCAUAGACACUAAUGAAGUCACCUCACUGCUGCUUAAAGGACAUAAACCAUAUCAACACUGGAACACCAUGAAGGUGCUAUUGGACUGUUUCACUACCCAGUGUCUCAUGGGACCAUUUCUUGAAAAUGGCCAUUACGUCUGGUCUGAGUGAGACUGAACUCUGAGGCCCUGAGAAAAGGCCUCGGUCCACGUUCACUACUGAUUCAUUUACAAAACUCUGCCUCUGGUUUGGGGAUUAUUUCCUCUGCAGUCGCUGCCUCUUGGCGACCAGGAUGUCUUCCAUUUAUUCUGGGAAACGUCCCAUUUCUCCUGCCUUUGCCCUCCAGCUCUCCUUCUGCUGGCCUGAAGGACGUUUCUCAUUUCUUCUACGUGGCGCCCACAAUUCCAAGGAUUCGAGUACUGUGCCUGUUUACGCUGCUGACGAAUCCCUCCCCCUUUCCUCCACAAGCUCAGAGCGCAGCACUUGUAUUAACACAUGAGGCUAAUUGUCUUCAGCUUUUACAGAUUUCAGCUAAAAUAAACCUUAGUUUGACAUAUUUAAAUCUAAGUAUGGAGCUGGAGCCGGGAGGUGAUUAAACUAGCUCAGCUCCGUUCACAGUUAAAAACCGCACCUAACAGAACCAAUAAAGAUCAUUACUUAACAUGUUAUAUUUUAUUUGUUUAAUACACACACGUGAAAACUGGUGCUCUUCCAAGAAACAGCACAGCAUGUUUCUCUUCAUAAUAAUUCAGCUUUAGAGGCGUUAGUAAAGGUAUUUUUGAACGGAGGGACUCAGGCUAGCAGUUUCCCCCUGCCUCCAGUCUUUAUGCUAAGCUAGGCUAAGUGUCAAACUGUUCCUUUCAACUUAAAUUGAAUGGAUUUUGUGUUCGCACGCAUCUUAAAGGUGUUUUCUGAUCCAGGAAGACGCAGUAAACCCGGAGGAGGCCAACAGAAAACUGAGACAGUGCACACGGAUGGUUAAUAACAGAGCCACCGCUUUGCAAAUUAUAUUUUUAAAACCUGAUCUCCACUUGAAUUUUGGUUGUACAGAUUUUUUUUUAAAAACCAGAAUCAGAAAAAAAGAGUUGAGUGAUUCAGUUUUGAAAAAUGAAAACAAUGAGCCUUCUCUACAUACACUCAGUGUCCUCUUCACCUGUCCCCCAGGCUUCGUACUGUAUCUCAAAUUAACUAAGAGACUUUCAAACCUCACGAUUUAAAAAAAAGAAAAAAAAGAAAAAAAUUUUCCACAGCCGUCUGAGGUUCGUACCUGCAGUAUGACUGAGCUAAAAGGCACGUUUCAGUCCAGACCAUCACCUCCCACCUGCAGUUUACGGAGGAUAAACUAUGUUGUAAAUACUGUAAAUAUCACUCUGUCUGUUGGUGUCUGUCUGUGUGAGUCUGUUGUGAAGUAGGGAAACAGUAGCAGUUAAAAAAAAAAAAAAAAAAGUUCUACAAUUAAAAGAAAUAAUCUCAUCACAGACAUGAUGUGUCAGCACCCAGAAAAAAAACCUUGUUUUUCCCAAAGAGACACCGUAACUUUAAUAAAAAGAAAAAAAAAAAGAUUUUCCACAUUGAUAUGGAAACAUUUUCACACUGUAAA